AUGUCUUCUACGAUCUUUAGAGAAGAAUAUGAUAACCAUCCAGCAUUUGCUGCCAAUUCUUCCAAAGUUGCGGAGAAGUUUGCAAAAGAAGAAUGGAAGGCUUAUCAUCUUCACUAUUUACGGUUUGUGUUCCAAUUCAUCCCAGGUCUGGUUAUUAAUCCUAUCCAGUGGGUUUUUGACAAAGGUAAAGGUCGGAUUUGCAUUGACUGUUCCAAUGGUCCUGACAACUUAGGAUCAAUCAACACCUAUAUCCCCAAACCAAAGCAAGAUAAGUCCGGUGAGCAGUGCCCUCCAAUCCACUACCAGUUUGCGUUCAAGAGGUUUCUAUGUCAAGUUCUCUGUAUGUGCAUCACAAAACCAACAAGUCCUAUUUUGGUUCAUGCUGACGAUAUUGAAGCCGCCUUUCGACAUGUGCUUUAUCAUCCAGAUGUGGCUGUGGCAUUUGCAUAA